GAAAUUUCAGAGUCUAUUUGGGUAGAUGUCAUCCCUUCCUUGAUACCGUCCACCAGCAAUACUACUACUAGGUAGUUAGUAGUAAUGGAGCAAGACCAUACUCCCGGCGAGAAGAAGCCAGGCCAUCCGCCCGCUCAAUCGAUCCUGCACGAGGUGCGGACUGCCGAAAACAGCGCCGCCCACUUACUGCCCAAGUUGCAGUCCAUGAAAGAAUCCAACCCGCAUCUAACGCUCUUGGACGUCGGCUCCGGCUCAGGCACCAUCUCUGUGACUGUCGCCAAGCUCAUCCCCGACGGCCACGUUACCGGCGUCGACAUCAACGCCAACAUCUUGCCACGGGCACGAGCUGUCGCAGAAACGGCUGGCGUCAAAAACAUCGACUUUCAGCAGGCCAGUGUCUACAAGCUCCCCUUUGCCGACGAGACAUUCGACGUCACCUUUUGUCAUCAGGUGCUGAUCCACAUUGGCACCCCGUGGGACGCGCUGCGUGAAAUGCUCCGAGUCACAAAGCGAGGCGGCAUCGUCGCGGCGCGCGAGGGCGACUACGAGUCCGAGUGCGUCUGGCCCGAAUUGCCCGAGCUGGGCAAGUUCCAUAAGCUCAUGGCAGGCCUUAUGAGUGCCGGCGGUGGCGCGCCAACCGCAGGCCGACAGCUGCUUUCUUGGGCACUCAAGGCAGGUGUCGAGCCGAGCCAGGUGACGGUCAGCUAUAGUACCUCGUCAUACCAUACACCGAGCGAGAGGAAAAUCUGCUCCCAGGGGUUGUGCGAUCAGCUCAGAGGAGGUGGCUUGCGCGAGAAAGCCCUAAAGUUCGGCUUAGGUGCCGAGGGUGAUUUUGAAGAGAUGGCCAAGGCUUGGGAGGAGUGGGCGAAGAGAGAUGAUGCAACCUUGGCCAUGCUGCAUGGAGAGAUUCUUGUCCAGAAGUGAUUUCGAGACCCCAAGCGACACUUUACCGCAGGUCAAUGUACACCGGAAAUGCAAAGACAAUAUCAGACAUGAUAGAUGAAGUCAAUAGAG